UUCUUCAUCCUAAAGACGUCCGGUACAUUGUCACUGCACUCGUUAUCAAAGCAAAGGGAAGAUUCUUUUGAGAAUAAGUGCAGAAACUGUUUGAGACUGUAUAGAAGAUUCCUUCCGCUGAGCCUCUGGGCAUCGAACAUCUACAACAAAGAUCAUUACGUUAGGCCAUGAUCAUGAAUACAUUUUUGGUUCUUCUGGCUCUUCUCGGUGUUGCUGUUGCCCAGGCCCCAGACACUUGCCCCGCACCUCCUAAGAACCUUCUUUGUUUCAUUGGACUGAAGAACACGUGCACUGACAGCAUCAAGUGCCGGAAAGGGACACUGUGUUGUGAUGAUGGCUGUCGAAGACGCUGCAGGGACCCGUCAAAUGACAGUAGGGGUGCUGGCCAAGCUACUCCUCGAUCGGGAACCUGUCCAUCGCAGCUGUCCCCGCCUCCAGGCCCCUGUGUGUCGGAUUCGGACGAGUGUAUGUUUGAUUGGGAUUGUCCGGGAUCCACAAAAAAAUGCUGCUCUAACAACUGCUUCAAAGAAUGUGUUGACCCUAGUAUUGGCGCUCUUCGAGCCAGCUGUCCUCCACAGAAGAAAUCUAUUAGCUGCUUCAUAAACCUCAAGAACCAAUGUUCCAAGGACUCGGAUUGUAGCUAUCUUCCAGGAGGACUCUGUUGUUUUGACGGCUGCCGCCGAAGAUGCGCUGAUUCCAAAGGUUUUCCUGCUAGACUAGAAACUGACAGACCCGGGCAAUGUCCAUCCACUAAACCACCACGGCCGUGCAUUUCAGACUCAGAUGAGUGUGAAUUCGAUGGGGAUUGUUAUCCGGGAAAGAAAUGCUGUGAUAACACGUGCUUCACGCGAUGUUUGGAUCCUGUGGGUCUGGGAACUAACACUAGUCAAUCUGGCUUGGGGCCUAAUAUUGGUGAAAUCAUUCAAGGAGAAGCGGCGGGAAAGUGUCCUAUCGUCUCUAAUUCAACUCGGUGCCAUAUUGGACUUGCGCAUACCUGUAACAAUGAUGUGGAAUGCCCUAAUGGUACCUACUGCUGUUUUGAUGGCUGUAGGAGGAAAUGUUUGGAUACUGAGGGCAACUCAGCUGGAGCGCAAGGUGAAGAUAAAAAAGGAUUGUGCCCAGUCCUCCAGCGACCGGAACUGUGCGUGUCCGACGUGGACGAAUGUUUUAUUGACUGGGACUGUGUUGGGGACUUGAAGUGCUGUUCCAAUGAAUGCUAUAAAGUCUGUACGGCGCCUGCGCUCUUGAUAGGAAGACUUGUGGCUGCAGCAGUCAAAUGUCCAGAACCUGUGGCGUAUAAACGCUGUCCUCAAUCAAUGAAGCAUCUGUGUGACGAUUCCAAGCAGUGUCCCACUGGUAAACAUUGUUGCUUUGAUGGCUGUAGACGAAGGUGCAUCUCUACUGAGCCCGCGCCAGAUACUUGUCCUAAAGCCGGCAAAAAUCUGAUCUGCCCAGUUGGACUCAGAAACACAUGCGUGGAUAAGGAUUCGUGUCUGGAAGGAACCAUUUGCUGUCACGAUGGAUGCAGACGGCGCUGUAGGAGCCUGCCUUCUAGCACCAGUCGGCCCUCGACGAAAGCUAUACCUAGGCCAGGAAUUUGUCCUCCGCUUACUCCUCCAUCCGAAUUCUGCCCGUCUGAUUAUGAUGAAUGCAAGUAUGACUGGGAUUGCGACGAACCAUCCAAAAAAUGCUGUUCAAACGGUUGCUAUAAAAUCUGCGCUUCUCCUGCUGUGGCAGCAGUACAACUCCAAGACAACUGUCCAGCGCCAGAGAAGCCCAAACCUUGUUCAAUGACUCUUCGGAACCAAUGCUUCAAUCACACGGAUUGCAGCUACCUAUCCGGUGGACUUUGUUGUUAUGAUGGGUGUCGCACAAGAUGCGCUACCGCUGAAGGCUUCCCAGCUCAGAUACAGAAGCCACGGCCUGGUAACUGCCCCAACCUCAUCCAACCCGAAUUUUGCGCUCCACACUUCGACGAAUGUCAAAACGAUGGAGACUGCUUUCCUGUAAAGAAGUGUUGUAGUAAUAACUGCUUCAACAGAUGUGUAAAUCCAGUUUUUGGUGAUGUUGGUUUUGUCAACACUACUUCAGUUAACAAGUGUCCUGACACUAAAAAAUCAAGUACGUGUCAUGUGGGGCUGAAAAACACAUGCAAUAAUGAUGCUGAAUGUGCAAAUGGCACCUACUGCUGUUUCACGGGCUGUAGGAGGCAGUGCUGGGAUCCAAAGACUAGGUCCUCAUCAACACUGAAUAAGAAAGGCACGUGCCCAGUGCUUCAGUCGCCUCCUCCUCCAUGUGUAUCAGAUGCGGACGAGUGUUUCAUGGACAACGACUGCGUCAAAGACAAAAAGUGCUGCUCCAAUGGAUGCUACAGAAUUUGCGUGCCUCCCUCGGCAAAAGCCAUAGGUUCUCUUACUACAGUCAAUUGCCCCCAACCGACAGAGUAUCAUUGUGCUACCUCUCUGAAGCACCAGUGUGACGAUACGGAAGAUUGCUCAGUCGACCAGGUUUGCUGUUUUGAUGGCUGUCGAAGAAGAUGUAUCGACUACGAAAGCGGGCAAAUAACAAAGGGAGUAACGGUGUCCUGCAGGAAAAAUGAGAUGCAAAUUGACGUGGAGAGAGGAGUUCUGACUGGUUUCAAACCUAUUUACCUUCGACUUAACAACAGGUCGUGUAUAGCUACCGGAAAUGAGACACAUUUCAGUCUGGUCGCGCCCCUGAUGGGUUGUGGAACGGUCAGCAGUCACACGGGAGAAGAUGUGGUUUAUAGUAAUCAAGUGGAGGAGGAAGAGGUGGAAAUUGAAGGUGUCAUUUCAAGAAUGCCUGAACUUGCCAUUCCUUUUAGUUGUUAUUACACAAAGGAAGGAGUAACAUCAACAUACGGAAUCAUUCCUCGAAAGUUAAAGAUGACCAUGGACGGCGGAGAAACUAAAACCGAGUUCACGCUCGAAAUAUCUGUGUUCAAAGACGAAAAUUAUUUACUGCCAUUCGGCAUAAGGGAUUUUCCUCUGAAGGUUUCCUUAGGGAAGCCUCUCUUCGUACAGCUUGCAGUCGAUUCACCGGAUACCCGACUGACUAUCAGGGAGGAGAAGUGCUAUGCCACACCAACCCAGAAUCCUGAUGAUGUCAUGCAGUAUGACAUUAUACGACAAAGCUGCGUUGUGGAUUCCACAGUGAAAUAUUACCCGGGCCCCCAAGGUACCAGACGGUUUAGUUUUGACACAUUUCAGUUCACAGGGGAGUACGGCGGCUUUGUGUACUUGCACUGUAAAUUGGUUGUUUGCAAUGCUACAGACCCCAACUCCCGCUGCAAUGUCGACUGCUUCACUGAUUUCCCCAGAAGAAGAAGGCGAGCAAUGGAGAAGGAGAAGGGUGUAGCUCGAGCCGGCCUCUCUGAGGGACCAUUCGUAUUUAAAAGUGAGAGGCAAGGAGACAAAGAAUCAGUACACUCUGAAGAAGAAUCUCCAUUCAAUAUCACAACCGUUGUUGUGGUUGCUAUGGCAAUCUUUUGCGCCGUGUGCCUCGCAGUGAUCGUGUACAUGAAGGUGAAAUUUGUCCCCAAACCUCAUCCAGACCCGGACAGAGAAACCUCUCUUUAGACAUCUUAUAGCCAUCACCACUACUUAUGUACCUGAUCAAGUCAGCCAGUAUCUGUUUUAAAAUGGUCCAAUGUUGGCUUGUUUCUAAAAAGAUAUUUUAUUGUGAUAUAACUUUUAGUUCAUAUGUUAAACUUUUUGAAAGACAACAUACACAUAUCGUUUGCGUUGUGACAUUACACGUCAAGUCGAGAGUGGAGAUUUAUGAUUUAAAACAAAGACAACAGUGGAUCUACCUGUGUUGCUAUCCAUAGACUGAGAAGCAAGAAUUGUAAUGAGCCGAAAACCAGUUGUUGACGCCUUGUAUCCACGGAGUUCUUUGAUAGGCAAAUAAAAAGUAUGUUUUAAA